UGUGUAUAUAAAGAUGUCCUCAAAGCAGUUUUUUUGUAAGACAUUACAGUUUUCUGUAAUUGUAACUUCCAUAGGUUAUGGGUACAUAACCUAUGAUCUUGUUUUGACUGUAUCAAAAAUGUUGCGAAAUACCGUUAGAUUUUGCUACAAAGCUGUGAAAUUAAAUAAAUUAGUACUAAAUAAAAUUGUCCCUCCUGCUCAAAAAUGUAUCUUGAUCCCAAACCAAAGAAGAAACUUCAUGACUUCAUUGCCAAGAUCAAUGUUCGUCCAGACCCAAGAGACUCCAAACCCAAAUAGUUUAAAAUUCUUGCCUGGAGUCCAAGUGCUGGAGCCAGGCCAAACAAUGGACUUUCCCACUGGUCAAGAUGCAUACUGUUCUCCAUUGGGAAAACAUCUCUUCAGAGUUGAAGGAGUUAAGGCUGUUUUCUUAGGUCCUGACUUUAUCACUGUCACAAAAGUGGAUGAUGAGACUGAAUGGAAACUGCUGAAACCUGAAAUAUUUGCUACCAUCAUGGAUUUCUUUGCUAGUGGCUUACCAGUCUUGAAUGAGGGUACCCCAAAUGCAGAUACCCAAGUAAAUGAAGAUGACAGUGAAACUGUUCAAAUGAUCAAAGAACUCUUGGACACUAGGAUUAGACCCACAGUACAAGAGGAUGGAGGUGAUAUUAUAUUCAAGGGGUAUGAAGAUGGUAUUGUGAAAUUGAAGAUGCAGGGUUCUUGCUCGAAUUGUCCCAGUUCGACGGUGACGCUGAAGAACGGAGUUCAGAACAUGAUGCAGUUUUAUAUCCCGGAAGUCUUAGGCGUCGAGCAGAUCGAAGAUGAGCAAGAUUUGGUGGUGAAAUCGCAGUUCCGAAAGCUGGAGGAUAAAUUGAAGCAUAAAGAAGCAACACCGAAAAGCGACUGAACUGCGAUCUCAAUUUGUAAAUAAUACUAAACUGUUAUUUUAUUUGUUUCAUGUUGUUUUUAUUUUGUUAUUAAUAUAAACAGAAAUGUGAUUCUAAUAUCAAAUUUCUUAGUUUUUAUUUUGUUAACAUAGUAAAUGUUGUCUCAGUAUCCAAAGUGUUUGUUGUUUCUGCUGCAUAUACUUAAUAUGUUGAAUUUAGAUGCACUGUGAAAUAUGACAAGAUUUGUGAACUGAUUUUAACCAAUAAAUGGUUCAUUUCAAAUAA